CUCUCUCCGGUUAACUUGACGUAGCGGGGGAGUCCAAUGGAAGCCUUCGUCGCAAGCCGGAGGAAACAAUCGAGUGCGAUUUAGCUUGAAAAUCGGAGUCGAUAUCGUUGUAUCAAGCUAUAAACUGAAUCUUUUCUCAGCCGUGUGUGUCUGCGGUUCUCCACGUUGUGUUUCAACCCCGCUAAUUUGCCGUUAACGGCGUCACUUGGGCCUUGUUUAUACUGAGCAGCUUGGAUCAGGGGAAGCAGGCCCGGUGUCCUGUGCGAGUUCAACGGCCGUUUGCGGGGCUGGAGUGUGUUUUGUGCGGAUCUGCCCUUUAGCUCACCAAAGAAUAUGACCCAGAUGCAACAAUGACAUCCAGAUUCGGUAAAACCUACAGCCGCAAGGGAGGAGAGGGCAUGUCCAAGUUUGACGAGGUUCUGUCCACUAAGAGAGGCACCCUUAGUACCAAAUGGGGUGACACCACCUACAAGGCCAAGGUGGGCUCCAAGCGCAUCGGCGCUCCCAAGAACGACUCUGUCCUGGAAGUGUACAAGAGGCCCCGUCCAUCCGGAGAUGGCUUGGAGGAUCCGUUUGGAUUUGACAGCGAUGAGGAAUCCAAGCCGGUGUCAUCUCGCAGUGGCAGCAAGUCGUCACCCGCCAAGCCAGCCUCAGCAGAGCCUCCCCAAGCUGAAAGGCCGGGCAUUUCUCUGGACACGGGGAGCAGGUCCAGCCUCCAGGGAGGAUCCCACGCUUUGGCGUCCGCUCGAGGGGCAUCAUUGCUGGUCAACGACAGGAACCAGCCCAGCGUGAUGGAGGACACAGCUCGGUUCUUCAACAGCAGUGCUAGCAUAGCCAAGCCCCAGCAGAGUUCCUUGUUGGCAGAGAACCGGCACAGUUACUCGUGGUAUCAAAACGCCUCUGAGAGCGAUAAGCAGCCUCUGGCGCAGACCACCACCCUGAAGUCCACUUACGACUCUUGGGAUACCAUCAUGGGUCUUCGUCCGCCCUCGCCCAGCCAAGAACCCCGCAACCCCGCCCCCACACUGUCUUGGGCUACAGUGGGCGUCACUGUGGACAGCUAUGACCUAGGGCGAGUCCGGCAUGAGAAGCCCCCCUCUCCUCCACAGCUCCAAAGCCCCAGCGACAGCGAGGACCUCGGGGGUGACUCGGACUUCCUUGUCGAGACGUCCGGCUACUCCCAGACAUCCUCCUCCUCGUCGCUUAUAAGAAACUCUAACUGUCGGACUUACAGGAGGCCUAACAAACAGGGCUCUGGCAAAUCCUCGGACUCCAGCGGCUCUGCCAACGCUGUUUUUGGCGCAGAUCUUCCCAAAUCUACAUCUGACGGCAGUAAUAAGACAAGUGGUGGGAGGGGGCGGGGCAGGACGAGGGACUACACGGUGCUGCACCCCUCUUCCGUGUCGAUGUGUAACGUCACCAUCCAGGACCGAGGAGUGGAGGAGUUUAGUACUGAUGCAGCUCCUUCUAGUGGCAGCAGUAGUGCUGGGUCUGGCAGUACGACUGAGCUGGGAGAUGCGGGGUGGCAGCGGAAGAAGACGGAGCAACCGAUCACAAGGGUGAGCCAGACCAAGUCAAAGAAGGACAGUAAGCUGGAACUGUUCGGUUUCGACGAUGCAGACGCCCAUCAAGAGGACGGCGGAGACAACACCGACGGCCAAUCCAAUUACAAGAUCAAAUAUUUCGGCUUCGAUGACAUGAGCGACAGCGCAGAAGAAGACGACGAUGACGACGACGACGGCGGCUCUAAAGAGAGGAGGGCCAAGAAGACUGCCGUCAACAAGGCAACCCCGCUGGUUACCGUGGAAGACACGCCGACCGCCGAACCGCCGGAUCCCUUCGAGAGGCUGGAGAGUCCGAUGAGCCAAACAAGACCGACCGCCAAGGAGAACAAGAAAAACUCUCAGAGGCAGGAAAGCAGGAUACGAGCAGACGUCCUGGACUUCUCAGAGGAGGGCCUCAGAGUAGUGGCCAGGGCUCCCAGGCCGCCUCAGGGCAAACUGGCCGAGAAGAACCCAGAUUCCUUCCGGAGGAUCUUCAGCGCACACAAGAAGUCUCCUACCAAAGCUGUGUACAACGCCAGACACUGGACGUUGGAGAGUGAAGAGGAGCCCCCACCAUCUUACUUCUCACGAUCACAGACAGCUCCUGUGCCAGUCUCAGCGGGAGGAUCCAGUAAGGAGCCCUCUGAUGCUCAGAAGGAUGAAGGUGUUUUUAAGGCUCCUCCCCCUCCUCCCAAGGUCACAAAGUGUGUCACCCUCCCUACAGAUCUCUACCAGGACACUGUCACCGCACUCAAAUGCCGCAAAGAGCACAAGGAGCUGUAUACGGUCGUCCAGCAUGUGAAGCACUUCAAUGACGUGGUGGAGUUUGGAGAGAACCAGGAGUUUACUGAUGACUUUGAGUAUCUGGCUACUGGUCUGAAGAGUGGACAACCUCUCAACACACGCUGCCUUAGUGUGAUCAGCCUGGCUACACGCUGUGCCAUGCCCAGCUUCAGGAUGCACCUCCGGGCCAGAGGGAAGGUGGCUCAGGUCUUUAAAACACUCAAUGACGCUCCGCAACACCCGAAUCUGGCUAUGUGCACGGCAUCUCUGAUGUACAUCCUCAGUAGAGACCGGUUGAACAUGGAUCUGGACCGAUCAUGUCUGGACCUGAUGAUCCGGCUGCUGGAGUUGGACCAGGACCAGGACCAUGGGGGAGGAGCUGGGACCGACUCCAGCACUCAGUUCAGUGCCAGGGAAAUUGCCAAGAUGAAGGAGAAGAUCAGGAAGCUCUGCGACACCGUACACAACAAGCACCUGGACCUACAGAACAUAACGACGGGUCAUUUAGCCAUGGAGACGUUACUGUCUCUGACUUCAAAGCGAGCGGGAGACUGGUUCAAAGAGGAACUACGGCUACUGGGAGGACUGGACCACAUAGUAGAUAAAGUGAAGGAGUGUGUUAAUAACUUAAACCAGGAAGACGAUAAGGAGAAGCUGGUGUCGUCUCUGUGGGGAGCUGAGAGGUGUUUACGGGUGUUAGAGAGUGUGACUGUCCACAACCCAGAGAACCAGGGCUACUUGAUCGCCUACAAAGACUCAUCACUUAUCAUCUCCUCUGCAAAGGCGUUGAGGAGGUGUGAGGAGAUGAUCCAGCGUUACAGCAGGGAGCUGAACUUGGACGGAGCGGUGGUGGGGAAAGCAGUAGAGGACUGUAUGAGGGCCAUUAUAGGAGUCCUGCUCAACCUGACACACGACAACGAGUGGGGCAGUACGAAGACAGGAGAACAGGAGGAUUUAAUAGUGACGGCUCUGAACUGUGUUCUCAAAGUUCCUCAGUAUCUUCCACAAGAGCAGAGGUUCGACAUCCGAGUGCUGGGUCUGGGCCUGCUGAUCAACCUGGUGGAGUACAGUGCCAGGAACAAGUACUGUCUGAUGGAGAUGGAGAUGGAGGGAGGUCAGGGUCCCUGCAACUCCACCGUCUUGCUGAACCCUCAGCACCAGGACAUCACCAGCACCGGCCCACUGAGCGCCAUCGCAGCCCUUGUACAGCUGUUCCUCCAGCGGGAGCGGGCCGCCAUCCAGGCUGAGGCGCAGACAGAUGACCUCAUCAAGGAAGCUCCGAAACCUGCGUUGGACCAGAGCGGAGAGUGGCAGGAGACCGGCGGGGAGAUCCAGUGGGUCGCCAACGACAACAACAACGACUCCGAUAAACAGGAAGAAGCCAAGAAGAAGGAGAAGGAAGAGGAGGACGAGGAGCUGGACCUCAACAAAGCUCUGCAACAUGCAGGGAAGCACAUGGAGGACAGCAUCGUGGCCUCCUACACAGCACUGCUGCUGGGCUGCCUGUGUCAGGGGAGCUCGUUGAAUGUGACUACUGUGAGGGAGAACCUGCCUAAAGGGGAUUUCUCCAUCAUGACAGAAAUGCUGAAAAAGUUCCUCAACUUCAUGAACCUCACUUGUGACGUCGGCACCACAGGACAGAAGUCCAUCUCCCGGAUCAUUGACUAUCUGGAGCACUGCUAGAGAGAAGCCCGUCUCUCUCUCUCUCUCACACAAACACACUUUGACACCCACAACCUUCUCCUUCAUCUUCAUCAUCACCUCAGAUUAAGUUCACUGCUGGAAACACACAAACUACAAACACACAUCUUCCUCUCCGUGUCGUGACCAGACCUCGUCCUCCUCGUCCUCCAGUUAAAGCAACUGUUUAUGGUUUCAGAAGUGGGAACAUGGUAACUGAACGAAAAGGGUGUUUUCCUGAAAUUCCUCAGAUGAAUUUAACUUUUAUGACGUAAUGAGGUGUGGCACCCCCUCCCGAGCUGUGAUCAGAUUUUAUUUAACUCUUAUUGAAGAUUCAAUCCGAGUCAGUAUUUUUUAUUUUUUUGGUUCUCUUCCUCUAUUUAUAAAAGUUCAGCUCAGAACGCUGAGUUUUCUUUCAGCUUUUGCUUUUGAUUCGUUUCCUUUCAAAGUUUCCUCACAGUUCAGCUCUUCCCUCACCUGCUCCCCCCCUCCUCCCCCUUUUGUAUUGAUCGCUGACAGAUUGGAGGGGAGCUGCCAUUUUCCCCCGUCUGUCAUCAAAGCCUUGCGCCCCUCAGCUCUGCCUCUGGAGCUGAUAAUCGCCAAAACAACUCAAGUGGUUUUCAAAAAAAAAACAAAAAAAACAACUGCUGACCAGAAUAAUAGCUUUACACGCUGUGAUCUUCUUCUUCUUCUCUUUUUGCUGCUUUGACCUCUCGACUCUGUCGGAAGGAGGUGGUUUGAAUCAGAGAAAUCUAAAGUAUUGAUCGUUUCUGGCUGAAGAGUACAGACAUGACCAGUCCAGACCCCGAAUUGCAGGCUUUUGUGAGUUUGAGGUGGUAUUUUAAGGUGGAACUGCCUGUAAAUGUUUGUGUGAGGUCUGUUUCUAGGUGUAGCAGCCAUUUUCUCUUUGGAUGUAAGAGCGUUUGUUCCCUCUUAAACCUCCGUAGCAAACUAGCUGAUUUUAAAUAGCUUGUUCUUCUCGUGCUGUUAUCGUAACAGGGGCUUCUCCCAGCAUGCCAAGCCCACUCAGUCAGUCAAAACCCAACAAACACACCUGAGACUAAAAACAGAAGGACUGUCAAGGUUGUUAAAAUGCUCUGGAAACUUUGAACGCCCCAGCCCCCAAAAGUAGAAACUUUUUCCUUUCAAAGAAUCGAUCGCCUUCUCACUCAACAUCAAAGCUUUGUGUCUUGGCAGGACCCGAGCCCUCCGGACCAGAACCUGUCCUCCUUCAGGUCCUUUCAAUUACCGCCCUCAUGUGUUCUCGCCGCUCUGAGAAAAGCCUUCAAUUACAAAGGCAGCCGAGGCGCCCCGGUCUGAGAGGUGAAGGCGAGCAGCUUUUCUUUGGUUUGAAGCGAACCACCAGCGGAGAGGCUUUCAGACAUCGAGUUGAUACUUUGUUUUCUUCCUCUUCGAUUGUAUUUUGACAAAGGCUGUAGCUGUUAAAUCCCAAAGUUCGCUUUGUAGUUUAAACUUCACGGACACUGUCAAUUCUGAUCUGUUCUACACGUUGCAGGUGUAGAGUUUUUUUGGUGAAGUGCUGUAUUUCACAUUUCCCUUAGCCUGCGUUGUUGUUCCCAGAAUGCAUUUCAGCAGCACCAAGAGGAGAGUGCAAAUUCUGAUUGCUUCCGUUGUCCCUGCAUGAUCGCCGAUCACUCCAAAAUUGUAACUCAAAGGAAUUCAAAGCCUAAACUUUUCUUCUUCUCCUCCUCCAGCAUUAGACGUGUACACGCUUAUAAAUGCUAAACAGUUAUCAAUAAAGGCUGUAAAAACAGAUGAAAAGACAAAGUAAAAGUUGGUUUUAUUAAAGGGGAAACGCCAAAAACACUGGAUCCUACGUGUCCCAUAAUACAACUGGAAUAGCGCCGUUCGUUGGUCGCAGUGGCACUUCAAUGAUUCACUUCCCAAACAGAAUGAAAAUGAUCUCUCUUGACUAAAUUAAAUGUAAUGCAGUGUUACUUUUUUUUAUCGUCACCUUGACACCUUUUGUCUGAGCAAAGUCACAUUUUAACGCUUUUUUUAAAUUAAUUUUUAAUUAUUUGUUCCUCAACUUCUCCAUAGAGUACAAACAAACGCGUGUGUCUCUGUGUUCACUCUCAAACCCUGUAGUUUGUAUUUUCAGGGUGGGGCAGAGGUGUCAGUUUCUGUUUGGUGUGUAGGCUUUAAAUUUAACAUAUAAUUGUAUAUGUUUUAAUUUCAUCAGUUGUUGAAGUUUGAAGCACGCGUCAUCAAGCACGUUCAUCCCGUUAAUUGUCUGUUCCUCUGGGAUCAUUACCACACACACACACACACACACACACACACACACACAGAGUUUAACCCUCACACUCCUUUUUUUUAAGUUUACAAGAGCUUUAUUCACAGACGUCUGGAAGAAUGAAUGAAAGAGCUUUUUGUACAUAGUUCUUGUACAUAGAUUAAUUUCCUCAUGUAGGAGGAGAGGCUGAUGGGUAAUAGGGGGAGGCUGGGGAUUGUGGGUGGGGUGGAUUAAAUUUAAAUUUAGACUGGUAGACUCUACUUUUCUGAAUCUGACUCUAUUUUUCAUUUUCUAAAGCCUUUUCUGUGAUGUUGUUUUGGACAGACAAACAGAGCUUCUUAACAAGCCAACUGCAGGAAAACUUGAUCUUUGUACCAAUUUGCAGACUGAUGUCUUUGGUUACCUGUAAAUAAUUUUAAAAUAAUAAAAAUUGCUACUUUCAG